GAAACGUGCCAUAGAGUCCAGCACUACGCAACAAUGUCGUUUCUGCAUGAACAACUCGGUAACAUGCGAGGAUAUCUUCUGCAAGGAGACUACGGGUUCGAGCAUUUCUGAAAUGUUGAAUGGUCUUUUGAGCGAGGACUGCCAGGUUAAACGGGAUGCACUGCCGCAGUGUGCCUGCCUGGCCUGCAUACUGGCCACAAAAAGUGCCUUUAGCUUCAAGAUGAAGUGUGAGGAGAGCUAUCGAUUCUUGUCUCAGCUCCUGCUGAACACACGCGUUGCAGAGAACAAGUUUGUAGAUGAGGCACACAACAGCGAAGAUGAGAGGCCACCCAGUGAGAUACCCUUUGAAGAGGCUGGCUUCGAAGGGCAGCUAGAUAUAAAGGAAGGCUUGUCAGAGACGCAUGAGGUAGCGGAUCGGUUGGAGUUGGCAAAGGAAACCUGUCCCCACGUUGAGGGAAAUCAGGAAAUACAGAGGGUUAGACAGGAGAUGGUUGAAAUGAAGGAGGAGCCAGACGGAUUGCGAGAUGAAAAUAAGCAGUCGAUCGUUGCUCUUGAGACCGAUUCGAGGAUAAGUCAAUCCACCUCUUUGCUGUGUUCCGAGUGUGGUUUGACUCUGAAGUCAAAGUACACGCUGGCCCAGCACAUGGCCGCACACAAGAAACAGUUUGAGCGAUCCCAUCUUUGCGAGACCUGCGGCAAGGGCUACAGAAGCAGCGCCCAAUUAAUAAUACACAAGCGCACGCACACCGGCGAGCGACCCUAUCAAUGCUCCCACUGCCCGAAGACAUAUUUCCAGAGAACGGCUCUCAAGGCGCAUUUGAUUACCCAUGGCAAGGAGCGUCCAUAUAAGUGCUUACAGUGCCAGAAAGCAUUUUACCUGCCGAGGAAUUUGAAGGACCACCAAAAGCAGCACAAUGGCGAGCGACCCUUUCAGUGUGUCAAUUGCCCUUUGGCCUUCACCAAGAAAGCCAAUCUGAGGACACAUAUGCGACAGCACACAGGAGAGCGACCGUUUAAUUGCGACAUCUGUGGCUUGACAUUUGUCCAGAAUCAGCAUCUAAUAACCCAUCUUCGUGUCCACAACGAGGAUCGUCCCUUCAAGUGCAGCGACUGUGAUAAAUCAUUUUUCGUUAGCGCCAAUCUAAAAAAGCAUCUACGCGUCCACACCGGCGAGAAGCCCUUCAAGUGCGCUGUCUGUGGGCAGGACUUCAAGCACAGUCAUCAUCUCAAAUCCCAUAUUCGCAGUCAUACUGGCGAGCGGCCCUACAGGUGCAGCGAGUGCGAAAAGGCCUUCGCCUCCAACCAAUCGCUGCAGAAACAUAUUGUGUGGCAUGCAAGCAAUAGAGAUCGGGCGUACAAGUGCUCCCACUGCCCCAAGGGCUUCGACAGCUUACGCGGCCUUAAAUAUCAUAUGCGAUUGCACAGAUCCUCGUCAAAGGUGAUGGAGAAGGUGGAGGCUCUGCACCCGUGUCCGAUCUGUAACCUGAGGUUUAGCCUGCAGAAAACCCUGGAUAGACACAUGGCCAUCCACAAUAAGGACCAAAAAAGUAUUGAGAGUAGGAAUACCUCCAGAAGCGCAUGCAUUCACAAGGACGGAUAGUCAUCCCAUUUGUCACUCUCUAUAGAGAAACACCGUUUUCUGAGAAUAAUGCUUUAAGUUCAAAUAAAAAAUGUAAAAUAUUA